CGGGCGCGGGGCGGGAGGGGACCGCGGCGGGACACCCGGGCCGGGAGCCCGCGGGCAGCCACCGCAACCUCCUCGCAGGGCCGCCACCACGGGGUCCGGGAUGAGCCUCAUUCGGAAAAGGGGCUUCUACAAGCAGGACAUCAACAAGACUGCCUGGGAGCUGCCCAAGACCUACCUGGCGCCCGCGCACGUCGGCAGCGGGGCCUAUGGCGCGGUGUGGUGAGACCCGGGGACCCCAGGAGGCAGAGGAGCCAAGGGUCACCUCCUCGCUCGGCCAUCGACAAGCGGACAGGGGAGAAGGUGGCCAUCAAGAAGCUGAGCCGGCCCUUCCAGUCGGAGAUCUUUGCCAAGCGCGCUUACCGCGAACUCCUGCUGUUGAAGCACAUGCACCAUGAGAACGUCAUUGGGCUUCUGGAUGUCUACACACCUGCCACUUCCGUUCGAAACUUCCAAGAUUUCUACCUGGUGAUGCCUUUCAUGCAGACCGACCUGCAGAAGAUAAUGGGGAUGGAGUUCAGUGAGGAGAAGGUCCAGUAUUUGGUGUACCAGAUGCUCAAAGGUCUAAAGUACAUCCACUCAGCUGGUAUCGUUCACAGGGACCUGAAGCCAGGCAACCUGGCCGUGAAUGAAGACUGUGAGCUGAAGAUCCUGGACUUUGGGCUGGCACGCCACACGGACGCGGAGAUGACUGGCUAUGUGGUGACCCGCUGGUACCGGGCUCCUGAGGUGAUCCUCAGCUGGAUGCAUUACAACCAGACGGUGGAUAUCUGGUCUGUUGGCUGCAUCAUGGCCGAGAUGCUAACCGGAAAGACACUCUUCAAGGGUAAGGACUACCUGGACCAGCUGACCCAGAUCCUGAAAGUGACUGGGGUGCCAGGUGCCGAGUUCGUGCAGAAGCUGAAAGACAAGGCGGCCAAAUCCUACAUUCAGUCCCUGCCCCAGAGCCCCAAGAAGGAUUUCACACAGCUUUUCCCACGCGCCAGCCCGCAAGCUGUAGACCUGCUGGACAAGAUGCUGGAGCUGGACGUGGACAAGCGUCUGACCGCUGCUCAGGCACUCGCUCACCCCUUCUUUGAACCCUUCCGGGACCCUGAGGAGGAGACAGAGGCCCAGCAGCCAUUUGAUGAUGCCUUAGAGCGGGAGAAACUCAGCGUGGACGAAUGGAAACGUAAGAGAUCCCCCCGUCCUCCCUCCACCUGCCCACCCUCCGGACCUGAGGUGACACACCUGUCCCCAAUAGCUGUCCAUCUCCUUUGGGCUUUUCUCCUUGAGCUGGUUUCCACCGUCUGAGGGUGGGCUCUCCUAGGCGCACCCUAAAGCGCACGCGCUUUCCACAGAACACAUCUACAAAGAGAUCGCCAACUUCAGUCCCAUAGCCCGGAAGGACUCGAGGCGACGAAGUGGGAUGAAGCUGCAGUGACUGCCCGAUCUAACCUGCGGCUGAGCCUGAGACUGUGACAGGGCCAAACUCUCCCUCAGGACCAAUAUUAUUUUGUCACUACUUCUAUCUCAGGGUUUAUAGGAAUGUAGUGUCCUGAGCCGAGGGAAGAAUCUUCCGAUGGCCUAAGGUUCAGGCCUGAGGGAGAAUUCCAGCCUGCUGUUUGGGGGGUGGGGGUGGGGUGUAUUAAAACAAACAUGUGGGUGAUUGCCUGGCUGUGGGGUCCCUUCCUUCCUGGAGGGUUGGGACCAAGGAUAUGUCAGUCAGGCUGAGGGCCUUAUAGGGAAUGACUAGGGUCUGCUUCUGGGGUGGGGGGGGGAGGUGCAGCACAGACCAGGAUGAGGGCUUAAAGAGAUGACUGCCUUUUACCUUUUUGGAGGUCAGAAUAUAUAUAUUCACAUGUAGCCCAGGCUGUCCUCCAUGUAGCCCAGGCUGACCUUGAGUCUUCCUCUUCUCCUUUUUUUUUUCUUUUUUUUCGGAGCUGGGGACCGAACCCAGGGCCUUGCGCUUCCUAGGCAAGCGCUCUACCACUGAGCUAAAUUCCCAACCCCCCUCUUCUCCUUUUUUGAAACAGCAUCUCAUCUGGCUAUGUUGCCCUGGAGCACUGCCUGGCCUGGAACUCAAGAGCUCUACCUGCCUCUGUUUCUGGGUGGUGGGAUUAAAGGCGUGCACCACCAGCCAAAUCCCCCUUUUCUGUUUAUUUUGAGACAGCAUCUCUCUAACUCAGGGUAACCAAAUGCUUGAAAGUCAACCUAUCCUUGGCAGUUCUCGGCUCGUGCCAGCCUGCCCACCACCACACACACACCUGCCAAGGAUGACACUGCUUCCUGUGUACCUUCUCUCAGCUUUUUCUCCGGCUUGGGCUACCCCUGAAAUCCCAGCACUUGGGAAGCAGAAGAUCUCAAGUUGCAGGUCAGAGCAGCCCGGGUUGCACACUGAGAAAGACCCUGUUUCAAAAUGGACCUAAACCAUUUGGAGUUAGGGCCGGGCCAGCACUGUGCAGUCUUACUUAAGUCUGCAGAAACUUUCCAGAUAAACUCACAUCCUGAGGUUCCAGGGGGUUGUGAACCCUGUAGUCGGGGUGGCUGCCGACAAUAGCUUGCUACAGAUGGCGCAGAGGAGGUCACUCCUGAGCCCCUUCCUCUGUCCUCUGUCCUGUUGGGAGCCAAGUGUGUUAGGCCACCGAGCCCCAGGAGCUGCAGGCAGCCGGCUGUUGCUGGCAGGGUCUUUUGGGUACCUGAUAAGCAAUGGAGACUCAAGGAGAAGGGGCGGGAGAGUGAGCGCAGCAGCAGGCAGACAUGGGUAUUUCUUGGCUGAGAUGGCAAAGCUCUGUUCCUCCCAAGCUGCUCAGCGCUAGAAGAAGGAUCUCAGUGUCAGACAGCCAGUGACAUCGUGAUCCCUCCCUCUGCUUUGGUAGAAUGAGUUCAAAUACACAGGCCGGUCUGUGUUUCUGCCUUGGGUUUCUGCCGUCUGCCAUCCCAUGCAAGGAGGAACUGGUUAAAACACAGACUUCCUGCUCUGAACGCGUGAACUGCCCCCUCACCUUAACCCCAGAACGACUAAGUUGUAUUAGUCCGAGUGUAGACGAACCAACCAAGGGAGGGACCUGAUUCCAGGAGUACAUAGUCUCUCGCGGGGCCAAAGUAGAACCCCACUGCUGUGUGUUCCCUCUUCCCUGGGCGGCCUCCCAUAGAAACACAUUGGUCCUGGGGUCCACUGUGAGGCUGACCUCCAAUUAAAGGCAAGUCCUGCAGAAAAGA